AUGAAGUUCGGCUCCGAGAUCCACAGUAGAACAGAACCUUCUAGAUCCACCGGUCGCGACGUUGGCAGAAAAAGGACCACGAGUGCUGCGAUUGCGCGUCAUGAUGACGUCAGGCGGCGUCUCAAAAUAUGCCUGCCUGACAGAUGCGACAAAAAUAUGUUGUGCAUGCUUUCCCUCAAAGAGAAAGAUCGGCCAAUCAUAAGAAAGCUGUUGGCUGCCGGCUGCUGUGCGAGAUGCGUGUUGCGGUUCUGCUGUAUGGGAACCAGCUCCUCGUACAAACAAUCCUAUGAGGAUAUACACAAAGAGCUUCUCGCGUUCAUCAGAGAAGAAAACAGCCAGCAAUCCCAUGAUGCCUCGGGUCAUACAGACGACCCUCCAAACAAGCGCAUGAAGAUGGAAGAUGCUAUCAGCACGGACGAUUCGGUCACAUCAGAAGAACCUAAAACUGACUUGGAUAUUUGCCCGGUCUGUCUUGGGGUACUGCAGGACUUCUGCGAUCAAACGUUUGUUAAGCAGGUGUCGGACGCUGUGAAAAAAGAAGAGUACGUGCUUGAAAGUCUCGUGCUGACCGUUUCUCUGCCCGCUCAGCUGUCUGUCAGAGAGCAGUCUUGCUGGUUGCAUGUCAAGCAGGAAGUCAGGGAUAAGAGCAUGUGUUUGGGGAAAGAUGAUGUCAUUCAGGUGAAAGACGCAUUCAAGUGGGCCAUACAGGGAAAGAUCGGUCAGGAACUGGGAGCUGCUGUGCUGGCCAACAGUCAGUUUGAAGUGGGUGUUGGGUUUGCACACCCGCAAACUGAAGAGGACUGUCAUUUCUUGGCGACCACUUGUCCGGACUGUUUCAAACCCACUAAAAACAAAGCGUCCGUCUUCACCAGGAUGGCGGUGGUCAAGGCUUUGGAGAAGAUCUCUGAUGAGAACUUCAAAAGGCAUUACCCAUGUCCACCGAAGAAACCAAGCUCUAAAUGUACAGCCCUGGACACCACAUGUCUACAUACAUCUGUCUUUACAGCAGGUCGGUAUAAUAAGUAUUCUCGGGAGCUUCCUCAGACGCCGUGGGUGAUCGACGGAGAGAGACGAAUGGAUGGAUCUGUGGAGGAACUCAUUGCGGCUCCUCUGUUGUCCUCAUUCAGAGCUGAUGGUUUUAACUUCUCAUCAUCAGGACGAGAGGAUGUGGACGUGAGAACUCUGGGAACAGGUCGGCCCUUCGCUGUGGAGUUGCUGAACCCUCAUCGAGUGAAGUUUAACAAAACUGAGAUCAAGCAACUUCAGGAGACGAUCAAUAAAUCAUCUGACAAAAUUCGAGUAAGAGACCUGCAGAUCGUCACGAGGGAAGCAAUGAGUCGCAUGAAGGAGGGUGAAGAAGAAAAGACAAAGUCCUACAGCGCCCUCAUCUGGACAGAGAAAGCCGUUUCCAACACUGACCUGGAAUUUCUUGAAAACAUCAAGAAUCUGAAGAUCGCUCAGAAGACGCCAUUGAGAGUUCUUCAUCGCCGGCCGCUGGCGGUCCGACAGAGAGUGAUACACUCCAUAAGCACCACCUACCUGGACACACACCACUUUACCUUAAAGCUCUGUACACAGGCCGGGACUUACAUUAAAGAGUUUGUGCACGGAGACUUUGGUCGCACCAAACCCAAUCUCUGUGACCUCAUGAAGACUGACGCUGAUAUUCUCGAGCUGGAUGUGGAGUCUGUGGAUAUUGACUGGCCUCCUGCAAUUCCAGAUUGACAUCUGUGACAUCUUUAAUCGAGGUUGAUGAAGAAAAGGAUCAUUGACCUUAAAUGCCUAUUUGUAUUGUAGAUAGGUUUAUUAUGUUAUUGUAUGUCAGGAUCAAAUAUUAUUUGUUAUAGUUCCGUUUAUUAAUUAAUGUUGUUGCAAUAACUAUUGUAGAUCAAUAAUAAAAAUACAUAAUUUUGUUGUA